UUGCACGUAUUCGCGUGCGUAUAAAUACUUGGUCGUGCACAGCCGAGCUAUGGUUAAAACACAAGACCCAAAGAAAGGCAGAUAAAAAGAAAAAUGAAGACUAAUAUUUUGAAGAUGAAAAUUCUCGCGCUUCUUAUGCUGGUGAUGGGUGUCUGCAGUCGGGGCUCCCCACUGCCACCAAAUUCUCAGCAUCGAGCGAAAGGGUUUGUAGCUACAACUGAAAAAGGUUGCACGAGACAUAGAGAACUUUGCUAUAAACCAGAGGAUUGCUGUGGGCCUUUUCAUUGUAUGGAAGUGUACGACAAAGUUUGGCAAUGUAGUAUGCCGAGUGAUCCCCGGCCACAUAUACCCGCACCACCCGCAUCACCCGCACCACCAACAACUACAUCCCCAACAUCAACUACAACGGCAGCCCCACAGUCAACUACAACCCCACAGUCAAAUACAACCUCACCGUCAACUACACCCCCACAGUCAAAUACAACCUCACCGUCAACUACAUCCCCACCGUCAACUACACCCCCACCGUCAACUACACCCCCACCGUCAACAACAUCCCCACCGUCAACUACACCCCCACCGUCAACUACAUCCCCACCGUCAACUACAUCCCCACCGUCAACUACAUCCCCACCGUCAAAUACAUCCCGGAUGUGUGUAAAAGCAUAUCGGAAAUGCUCGUCUGGUCCUCGUGAGACUAAUUUGUCGUGUUGUUCCAAAAACUACGAAUGCUUGCGCAUUACUGAUAUCAAACCCGAUGAUGGUAUUUGCGAGGCGAGAAGAAACGAAAAAGAGCACUGGUGUAAAAGGGAAAAUGUUCGUUGGCAAUGCCCCAGAAUGUGUGAAGUUAGUGAGAGCCAUUGUAUUAAGAAAGGAAUCGAACUUUGGAAAAUAUGGCAACGUUUGAAACCAUAUUUUCACCAAAAUCCUGUUCAAGCGGUCAUUAAAGUUUUAUAUAGAUAA